AUGAACGACGUGGCCAUCGUGAAGGAAGGUUGGCUGCACAAGAGAGGGGAGUACAUCAAAACCUGGCGACCGAGGUACUUCCUGCUCAAGAACGAUGGCACCUUUAUCGGCUACAAGGAGCGGCCCCAGGAUGUGGAGCAGCGAGAGUCCCCUCUCAACAACUUCUCUGUGGCUCAAUGCCAGCUGAUGAAGACGGAGCGGCCCCGACCCAACACCUUCAUCAUCCGCUGUCUGCAGUGGACCACGGUGAUCGAGCGGACCUUCCACGUGGAGACCCCUGAGGAGCGGGAGGAGUGGACGACUGCCAUCCAGACGGUGGCCGACGGGCUCAAGAGGCAGGAGGAGGAGAUGAUGGACUUCAGGUCGGGCUCGCCCAGCGACAACUCGGGGGCCGAGGAGAUGGAGGUGUCCCUGGCCAAGCCCAAGCACCGUGUGACCAUGAAUGAGUUUGAGUACCUGAAGUUGCUGGGGAAGGGCACGUUUGGGAAGGUGAUCUUGGUGAAGGAGAAGGCCACGGGCCGCUACUACGCCAUGAAAAUCCUCAAGAAGGAGGUCAUCGUGGCUAAGGACGAGGUCGCCCACACGCUCACGGAGAACCGUGUUCUCCAGAACUCGAGGCAUCCGUUCCUGACGGCCCUGAAGUACUCCUUCCAGACCCACGACCGCCUCUGCUUCGUCAUGGAGUACGCCAACGGGGGCGAGCUCUUCUUCCACCUGUCCCGGGAGCGCGUGUUCCCCGAGGACCGGGCCCGCUUCUAUGGCGCCGAGAUCGUGUCCGCCCUGCAUUACUUGCACUCGGAGAAGAACGUCGUCUACCGCGACCUCAAGUUGGAGAACCUCAUGCUGGACAAGGACGGGCACAUCAAGAUCACCGACUUUGGCCUGUGCAAAGAGGGCAUCAAGGACGGGGCCACCAUGAAGACCUUCUGCGGGACGCCCGAGUACCUGGCCCCCGAGGUGCUGGAGGACAACGACUACGGCCGGGCGGUCGACUGGUGGGGGCUGGGCGUGGUCAUGUACGAGAUGCUGUGCGGCCGCCUGCCCUUCUACAACCAGGACCACGAGAAGCUCUUCGAGCUCAUCCUCAUGGAGGAGCUCCGCUUCCCGCGCACGCUCAGCCCCGAGGCCAAGUCCCUGCUAUCGGGGCUGCUCCGGAAAGACCCAAAGCAGAGGCUUGGAGGGGGCCCGGAGGACGCCAAGGAGAUCAUGCAGCACCGUUUCUUCGCUACUGUCGUGUGGCAGGACGUGUAUGAGAAGAAGCUCAGUCCACCCUUCAAGCCACAGGUCACGUCGGAGACGGACACCAGAUACUUCGACGAGGAGUUCACGGCGCAGAUGAUCACCAUCACGCCGCCCGACCAGGGUGACAACAUGGAGGGUGAGGACAGCGAGCGGAGACCCCACUUCCCACAGUUCUCAUACUCGGCCAGCGGCACGGCCUGAGGGAGGCCAGCUGGCUGCCCUGCUCCUGGCGGCUGCAGGGGACGGGGAGGAAGCCGCGCAGGACCAUGUGUGUUUGGUGUGACUUCUGGGUGCGUGUGGGAGGAGCCAUGCCCCUCCUCCCGGCGGGGAUGGGAAGACGCUUCAUGCUGUGGGCAGGGGCCAGCCUCCGAGGAAAGGCGGCCUGCGGGGAUUUUAAUUUAUUUCAUCUCGGUCUCCAGACAUGGCCUUGGCCUUCAGAACGAGUAGAGUCACGUAGGAAAAGGCCAAGGACCUUAUGCAGCCACGUGCAGGUGGGGUCUGGGUGCCCUGCCUGUGGCCCCUGCAUCCCUCCCGCCAGCUGUCUCGGCCCGGCCCGGGGGCACCAGCAGCAGCUGGUUGUGGCGCGCGGGCCUGGUCCCUUCCCUGGGGCAGGCCAGGCCGGGCUCGCCCGGAGGCAGAGGAACGAGGUUGCAGUCCGUUGCUGUGUAUUACGCUAUUCACUUGUAUUUUGGGGUUUUUAAUCACAGUGACCAGAAAGCCCCUCCCACACUUUGGUCCCUUCGGGGGCGUCUCACUGGGGCGGUGUCCCCAGGUAGCACCCGUCCUUCGGCGCAGCUUCACUGGCCCGCUGUGUGCCCAGCGCCCCUUGGGAGGGGCCGUGGCAGACCCUCCGCGCCUCGAGGCCGGACGCCAUGCCGCCCAG